AGUGCUAUUGUAUGAGUAUUCACUUUGAGAAAAAGAACUCCAAUCGGAAGAUUGGAAUGCUAUAUGAGAUUUUAUCUCAUCUCGUCUACGACCCUAUUGCUAACAAAGGGUUCCUCCAAGGGAUCAAAGUCAUUUUCUAAAGUGUAUAGACCAUUAUCUCCCUCCAAGUUGACUAAAAUGCCCCUUCCUUUCGCCCACUCUUUAAUACCCCCUCGGUGCUUUUAUCAUCAAGGUUCACUUUUCUCACCUGAUAUACAGCUUACCCAACUUGUAAUAAAGUGUUGGGAAACAGCAAUGGAAGGAGGGUAUCCAGAUACCAGAUGGGAAGGCUAUGUGGAUUGGAGAAAUAGACCUGCUUUAAGGGGCAAACAUGGUGGCAUGCUUGCUGCUUCCUUUGCCUUGGUUGCGGAAGUGUUGGAGAACUUGGCGUACUUGGCAAAUGCCAGCAACCUGGUGUUGUAUCUGUCAAAGUACAUGGACUUUUCUCCAUCCAAAGCCGCAAACAAUGUCACCAAUUUCAUGGGAACCGCCUUCCUUUUGGCUCUCCUCGGAGGCUUCUUAUCCGACGUUUUCUUCACUACUUAUCACAUCUACCUCGUAAGCGCGCUCAUCCAGUUUCUGGGCUUGAUCAUUCUUACCAUCCAAGCUCGGACACCAUCACUAAAGCCUCCACAAUGCAAUUCAUCUAUUCCAUGCGAGGAAGUUGAUGGCGGGAAAGCAGCUAUGCUGUUCAUAGGUCUCUAUCUGGUGGCACUUGGUGUUGGAGGUAUAAAGGGGUCCUUGCCAACUCACGGUGCUGAGCAGUUUGAUGAAAACACCCCACGAGGAAGGAAGCAAAGAUCCACCUUCUUCAAUUACUUUGUCUUUUGUCUCUCCUGUGGUGCGCUUAUUGCCGUCACAUUUGUUGUGUGGGUUGAAGAUAAUGAAGGAUGGGAGUGGGGUUUUGCCAUCUCCACAAUUGCAAUACUGCUGUCAGUCCCAAUCUUCCUCUUUGGCUCAACGUUUUAUAGGAACAAAAUACCCUCUGGAAGCCCACUUACAACUAUUUGCAAGGUUUUGAUUGCUGCUAUGCUCAACAGUUGCAUGAGCAGAAAUCCAAGCAAUGCCAUUGCUAACCUUUCCGCAAGCCCUUGUUACCAGACUGAAACCAGCAAUGAAGUAGGAGGCAAUGCCGAACAAAGCAAGGAGGCAGAGCAAAACCGUCAAUUCCUAAACAGAGCAGUGUCCAACUCCAACAAGCCAGCUCACCCAGCACUCGAAUGCUCAGUGACACAAGUAGAACAAGUCAAGAUUGUGCUAAAAAUACUUCCCAUAUUUGCUUGCACCAUUGUUCUCAACUGCUGCCUAGCUCAGCUCUCCACAUUUUCAGUCGAACAAGCCGCGACCAUGGACACUAAACUUGGUUCUAUGAAAAUUCCACCAGCUUCACUACCAGUUUUCCCAGUGGUGUUCAUCAUGAUCCUGGCCCCAGUUUACGACCACUUGAUUAUCCCAUUUGCUCGGAGAGUUACUAAAACCGAGAUGGGCAUCAAUCAUCUGCAACGAAUUGGGAUUGGUUUAUUUCUCUCCAUAAUAUCCAUGGCGGUAGCAGCACUUGUUGAAAUUAAGAGAAAAAAAGUGGCAACUGACUCAGGGCUACUUGACUCAACCGCUCCAUUACCCAUUACAUUUUUCUGGAUUGCUUUGCAGUAUUUGUUCCUGGGGUCAGCUGAUCUUUUCACCUUGGCAGGGUUACUAGAAUUUUUCUUCACCGAGGCGCCCUCAAGCAUGAGAUCGUUGGCUACAUCACUCUCCUGGGCUUCCUUGGCAAUGGGGUAUUAUUUAAGCUCCGUGAUUGUAUCGAUAGUAAAUAAUGUGACUGAUAACUCAGGCAAUUCGCCAUGGCUCUCUGGUCAUACAAUAAACCGCUAUCAUCUGGACAGAUUCUACUGGCUUAUGUGCGCGCUUAGCGCAUUGAAUUUCUUGCACUACCUUUUCUGGGCCAUGCGCUACAAAUACAGAUCAGCAGGAGCUAGCAAGUAGUUGAGUAUGAUCAAAUUAAAAUCUCACAUUUUGGGAGAGAGAAUUCUGACCAAUGCAAACAGCCAGACUCAGUGCCUAUCGGAUACUGGUAAUAUGGCAGUGAAACUGGGGCUCAAAACCUUGGUUACUGUAUCUGUGUAUUGUUAGGUUGUGUUAAUGUGAUGAAUGCUAGAGGUUUAAUCUCUGUUAAAAAAAACCUAUGGAACAUGGUUUUCCUCUUAUUAGAUGGAAAAUUAUUGGAAAAAUACACUGAAUUAAAAGGAAAUACUGAAGUAGAAUUU